AUGGCACCCUGCCAAGAGAGGCAAGAGAGGCAAGCGCAAUGGGAGCGUUCUUUCUGUGUCGAGAAAAGUACCGAGGCACAGGGCAGCAUGGGCCCUUCGCCGCUCGCAAAAGAAGAAAGAACGCCGCGGGCAGGCACAAAACGCUGGCUUUACGGAAGGCGCAAAAGCUGGGGAGACGCUUGGCAUGUGGGGACCCCGCAUGCUGCUGUCCCCCGUCUCGCCCGCCGUCGACAACAAGACAUUCCAAGCAAAGCCGAAGUCGUCUUAUACUCAUUAGCGCCUGUCUUGUUAUCCACUGUAUCCAUGCUGCCGACAGGAACGCGACGAGCCGCACGCAGAAUUCACCGAGCUGCCACCGACCGCUCUCGUUCUUUGUCCGACCUCUCGACGCUGUGUCACCCGGCCUCCUUGGAAUGUGUUUCGACCACACGCGCGGGGUACUCUCGCUUGCUGCUGCUCCACUGGGCCCAUUUUCAUGCUCAACAUCUUGUCCCGACUUGGACACUGCUCCGGAAGGCGUCGUCCCAUGUGUGGCUACGAGCCGCAUGCGAACAAGGGCGCAUUGCUGCCAUGGGCCGCGCCCCAAGCCGCCGGUCCCUUGGCAUAGACAUCCAUGUGUCGUCAUCUCGAGCCUUUCAAGUGCUCCCUGUCGUUGCCUCUCCCUGUGAUGGGUGUACGCGACCUGUUUGUGCAACCCCGUGGGCCAUGACAAACAUGCAGGAACCGUCGAGUUUGUCUCUUCGACACAGCACCAACCGGCGCGCCUUUUGGACACUCGGGCAUUCGGGGCCCUCGGGGAGAUACUAA